GAAGACGCUUGAAAUGGUGGAUUAUAUAGCACAUUCACUCUUAUGUAAUUUAAGUGUCGUCCUAGAAGUUUCUAUUGAGCUUAGCUGAGCUUGGUGGGGGGGACUAGCCAGCACAAGGCUGAUGUGAAUGACGGUGGCGCGGCCAGAAAUCCAUGGACUUCUUUUUGGUUCUUCGCCAAAGUUUUAUCUUCCAGGGCGGACUCCACUGCGAACAGAGUCAAGCAGAACUACCACAACACUACCACUGCACUACCACUUCCACUGCCACUACCACGAACCACGAACCUCAUUUAAUUCUACGACUCUUCCCUCCCGUUCUCUCCACACAGAUUCGACACUGAAACCCAGACCGGGCGUUAGUGCGAACCCUCUGCGACCUGUUCAGAGGAGUGUGCAUCCAGAUUUGCACUGCGAAUUCAGGUCCCUACUGUGCUUUGCGACCCUUGUAAAGCUGCCCGCAGCCUCGCCCGCAUCUAGAGGUCAGUGGUUAUGGUCCCUCCUACUUGGGACAGUGGCUGUCCCUUCUCUUCCAGCCGUGAUUUUCGAUCGCAAACAAUUUUUCUGUCAUUCACAUCAGACGUUGUCUCGCAGAAAGCUGACCUUGUUCUUCAGAAACAGGAGGCAGGACUACCGGACCACUCGUCCUCGGCUACCAACACACCCAACUGCAGAGCAUAAGACGAGGAAUCAGAAUCAGAUAGAAGAAGCGUCGCAAAUCUCUACUCCCUCUUUCUCUCCAAACUAAAGCCACCAUGGCGAAAGACACCAAGUUUUACGACAUCCUCGGAGUAUGUUCCUUACAACAGACUUACCUGUCGCGAGUCUCAGCUAAUCUAAAACCAGGUCGCACCAACUGCUACAGAGGCAGAGUUAAAGAAAGCAUACAAAGUUGGUGCUCUUAAGCACCACCCUGGUAUGUCCCAUCGUUCGCAAUUGACAUUUCAGCGUAUUAACCCGUAUGCCAGAUAAGAAUGCCCAUAACCCAGAUUCCGCAGACAAGUUCAAGGAUCUGUCCCAUGCUUACGAAAUUCUCUCGGAUCCCCAAAAACGUCAAAUUUACGAUCAGUACGGCGAGGAGGGCUUGGAAGGUGGUGGUGGAGCUGGUGGUAUGAAUGCUGAAGAUCUUUUCUCCCAAUUCUUUGGAGGAGGAUCUGCUUUUGGCGGUGGUGGUGGACUCGGAGGUAUGUUUGGCGGUGGUAUGCAACAACGAGGUCCACCAAAGGCCCGCACAAUCCACCACGUUCACAAGGUCUCUCUCGAAGAUAUCUAUCGCGGCAAGGUCUCCAAACUGGCUCUGCAGAAGUCGGUUAUUUGCGCAAAGUGCGAAGGACGUGGUGGAAAGGAAGGCGCCGUCAAAAAGUGCGCUGGAUGCGAUGGCCACGGAAUGAAGACAAUGAUGCGACAAAUGGGACCCAUGAUCCAGCGAUUCCAAACCGUCUGCCCAGACUGCAACGGAGAAGGAGAGAUCAUUAGAGAAAAAGACAAGUGCAGAGUCUGUAUGGGAAAGAAGACGGUUGUCGAGCGAAAGGUCCUCCACGUUCACGUCGAUAGGGGUGUGCGAUCCGGACACAAGAUCGAGUUCCGAGGUGAAGGUGAUCAGACGCCUGGGGUCCAACCGGGAGAUGUUAUUUUCGAAAUUGAGCAAAAGCCCCACCCUCGGUUCCAACGCAAAGACGAUGACCUAUCAUACCAUGCUGAAAUCGAUCUGGUCACUGCCCUUGCGGGUGGUACUAUCUACAUUGAGCAUUUGGAUGAUAGAUGGUUGAGUGUGGACAUUAUGCCAGGAGAGGUUAUUAGUCCAGGUAAGUCCUUCCAUAUUUACGGUUCAUGUCAGCAUUUCUAACGUUAAAAAAGGUGCUAUCAAAUUGAUCCGCAACCAAGGUAUGCCAUCAUACCGUCACCACGACAAUGGCAACUUGUAUGUCAUUUUCGACGUAAAAUUCCCUGCAAAGGGGUUUGCGACCGAUCCGGCAGCCUUCGAGGCUUUGAAGCAGAUUCUUCCACCAUCCCCUACGGACAUCGCUCCACCAAAGGAAACCAUGACAGAAACCGUCGACCUCGAGGAUGUUGACCCAGCACAACAAGCAAGAGCACAAGGUGCUACGGCCAUGGAUGAGGACGACGAAGGUGCUGGUGGUGAACGUGUGCAGUGCGCUUCUCAGUAGAAUAUCAUUGAUCUGGUACUUUCUUCCCGACCAUAUGUUCUACUGGGGUGUCUUCUUUCGCAUUUUGCAUUGGAUCGGUUUUGCUCGCGG